CUUACAUGAAAAUUAUAAAUAUGUAUUCUAUUAGUUUCUUCCUAUACCCCAGUGUAUUGUCUUACAAACACCCAGGAUAUAUGUACUUUACUUUGGAGACCACUGAUUUGGUUAAGCACUAAAUAGAUUGAGGAUGCUCCAGAGGAAUCAUCUCUGGCUUUUUGAAAUACCAAGGGAGAAAGACUUAAUCCCAUUCAUAGUCUGAAAUUUUCCAGCACAUUCUCUCAUGCUUCACUGUGUCAAGGCAAACAACCAUGAUUACAUGAAACUUUGGGGAAAUGCCAAAACAAUGGGAUCAAAUCCAAUAACAAUAUCAAGAAAUAUAUCAAUCACACUGGAGAGUCACAUGAACCACAGAGAUAAAUUUACAUAUUGAACUAAAAAUUCAGCCAAACUUUCAUCCCUUCUGUCCUUUGGUAUAAGAAUCACCAUUGUGGAGCUGAAUCUUUUUGCUCUUAGAAAUAGUCUGUUACCUAACUUCUCCCUCUUCGUUUGGUUGUAUAAUAUGAACUAUCUCAGACCUCUUAAUCUUGCAAGUCUCCUAAUGGGUAAACAUUGCCUAAUAGCUCCCUCCCAGCUGUUGCUGUCACAGUUGACAUUGACCAGAUUUCCCUCUUAGGUUCUCUAUUCCACAAUAUAGCAUCUUACACAGUUGUUUUAAGUUCUGAAUUUGUCUUUUCCCUGAGACUGGAUUUUGAGUAAUACAGAGGGAAGUCUUCAACAUAGUGUGAGCUACCUUUUCUCUGGCCAUGGUCAGCACAUGGAUGAUCUUUGCUUCUGCUUUCUUCCUACUGGGAUCUUUCCAGCUUCCAGAUUUCCAGGAGAGAUUUCUGAUGGCUUUGGAUCCAGAGAAUAUUUUCUAUUAUUUUGGUGCUGUUUCCACCCUAGAAGCCCUCGAGUUUGAUGUGCUUCAGCUCAGCUGCCUUUGUGAAGACCAUGAGACCUCCAGGCUGCAUUGUAAGACCCAGCGCUGCUCCUUCCAGGCCCUGGGAGAACUCUAUGUUUUCCAGUUUCCUGUAGAGCUCAGCCUCCUGAUCCCAUCCUUUACUAGCAGAUGGGUGAUUAACUCCUCUCUCUGGCUGCUGAGACAAUAUCCAGACAGCUGCUUUACAGGAGGCAAGAUCUUACUGCCCUCUAGGGCAGCGGCUAAGAUCACUUACUGUGCUGGGCAGUUGCAUGGGGAGAUCAGAGUGAAGGGCAAACAACUUUACAUUCAACCUCUGAAGAGUGAGCACUGGAACCUGUUGCCAGACUGCUGUCGUGCCCAGCCCCACCUUAUUCAUAAGGCUAUGAGGGCAGCAGGGGCUCCACAAGUUCACCGACUUUCUGCUCGGAUCUCCAAAAGGGCCCUAGGAAGUGUCAAACACCUGGAGCUACUGGUUGUGGUGGGCCAUGAUGUCUAUGAGCAUCACAAGGAAGACACAGAGCGAUAUACCCUUACCAACCUCAAUAUCGGAGCAGAGCUGCUGAGAGAUGUUUCCCUGGGAGCCCAGUUCCGAGUUCACCUGAUAAAAAUGAUCAUCCUGACUGAGCCAGAGGCUCAUCUGAAUAUUACUACCAAUCUCACCUCCUCACUGCUCAGCGUUUGUGAGUGGAGUCAGAGAAUCAAUCCCCCAGAUGACACCCACCCACACCAUGCUGACUUGGUCCUCUACAUCACAAGGUUUGAUCUGGAGCUGUCUGAUGGCAACAAGCAGGUACGGGGAGUCACCCAGCUUGGGGGUGCUUGUUCCUCCUCCUGGAGCUGCCUCAUCACAGAAGAUACAGGAUUCGACCUAGGGGUCACCAUUGCUCAUGAGAUUGGGCACAGCUUUGGUAUUGAUCAUGAUGGGGCUGAGACAAACAGCUGUAGCAGCAAUGACCACAUCAUGGCCCCUGGUGGCACCCCAAACAGUAUUGGCCUCACAUGGUCCAAGUGCAGCCGAGAGCAGUUUCUGCGCUUUGUUAGCACAGGGAAGGCAAGCUGUGUGAAUGAUCUGCCUCACCUGGAAGGAACAAUACCCCGGGCUGAGCCUGGCCUCUACUAUGGGGCAGAUGAGCAGUGCAGAGUUGCCUUUGGGAGUGCUGCUGUGGCCUGCACCUUCUCCAGGGAUGAUGUUGAUAUGUGCCAAGUUCUCUCCUGCCAUACAGACCCUCAGGACCAAACAAGCUGUAGUCGUAUCCUUAUCCCACUUCUAGAUGGAACUGAAUGUGGAGUCAAUAAGUGGUGCUCUAAGGGCCACUGCCGUUCUCUGGAAGAGUUGACCCCAGUCUCCUUGGUGCAUGGACAGUGGUCUAGUUGGGGCCUUCCUAGCACUUGCUCUCGAACCUGUGGAGGAGGAGUCAUCACUAGAAGACGGCAGUGCAACAACCCCAGACCUGCUUUUGGUGGUCAUGACUGUACAGGAGCUGAUCUCAAGGCUGAACUGUGCAACACUCAGGCCUGUGUGAAGACCCAGCUAGAGUUCAUGUCUGAGCAAUGCGCUGCGACUGAUCAGAAACCACUGUACCUCACUCCAGGGAUUCCCACUUUCUAUAGCUGGAAGUCAGCUGCCCAGUAUAGCCAAGGAAAUGAUCUGUGCAAGCACUUGUGCUGGGCAGCUGGAAAGAAUUUCAUAGUGAGUCGUGGGGAAAGUUUCUUGGACGGUACUCGCUGUGUGCCCUCAGAUCACCAGGCUGUGGGGACCAGCAGCCUCUGUGUGAUGGGCAAAUGCAGGGUUUUUGGAUGUGAUGGCAGGAUGGACUCUGGACUCGUGAAGGAUGUGUGUCAGGUCUGUGGGGGAGACAACACUACGUGCAGCAGAGUGAGCGGCUCUUACACUGGAGGGAGGGCUCAAGAGUAUGUCACAUUCCUGACGAUUCUUCCCAAUUUUACCACUGUGCUUAUCACCAAUCAGAAACCUCUCUUCACACACCUGGCUGUGAAGGUGAGAGGACACUAUGUAGUGUCUGGGAAGAGGCGCAUCUCAUCCAACACCACCCACCCCUCAGUCCUGGAAGACAAACAGAUUGAGUACAGAGUGUUCCUCACCGAGGAAAAGAUGCCCCAUCUAGAGGAGAUCCGCAUCAGAGGACCCACCCAAGAGGACAUUGAAAUACAGGUUUAUAGGAAGUAUGGGAAUGAAUACGGAAACCUCACCAGACCUGAGAUCACUUUCAGCUACUUUAAGCCUAAGCAGCAGCAGAGCUGGGUGUGGGCAGGGGUACGAGGGCCCUGCUCAGUUAGCUGUGGGGAAGGGGUCCGUCAAGUGAGUUAUAGCUGCUUUGACCAAGAACAGAACAAAUGGAUUGAUGAUGUCUACUGUGGAGGGACUGUGCAGCCCCUGUUGUGGCAGGAGCUCUGUGUCCCUGGGCCGUGCACACCACACUGGGCAGCAGGAGAUUUUGGUCCCUGUAGCACAACUUGUGGAGGAGGAGUGAGAGAACGGACAGUGAGCUGUGUGAAGGUAGAGGGCAACCUCACCCUGACACUCCCAGAAUCCUACUGCAAAGCUUCUCUCCAGCCCACUGCAACAGAGACCUGCAAUCCCCAGCCCUGCCUUACCAGGUGGAAGGUGUCUGAACCUGGUCCCUGCUCUUCAGUCUGUGGUCUGGGUCUAGCCCAGAGGAAUGUGACAUGCAUGGAGGAAGGAGAUGGUCUGGAAGGCCUGGUGGAUGACAGUUUAUGCUCUAUGGAAGAAAAACCUUCUCACCUCUUACCGUGUGUCGUGACUGUCUGCCCCCUGGGGUGGAAUACUCAAGAACCUGGGUCUUUCCCAGAAGAAGCUCUGGACCAAUUGGGAGCUUCCUGGAAGGAGAAUCUAACAGUGUAUGUGUGGAGCCCUCUGAUUGGGGAAUGCUCAGUCUCCUGUGGUACAGGCUUAAGGGAGCUACGAUAUGUUUGUUUGGACUUUGCUAGCAGGAAAGAAGUCCAGGAAGCAAAGUGUAACCCAGUGAGCCAGCCAGCAAAUCAGAUGAUGAUCUGCCAUGCUGCUUCCUGUCCACCCAGGUGGGAGAUCAAAGCUUUGGCCCCUUGUCCAGUGACCUGUGGAGGAGGGAAAGUGCCACUCUCUGUCCAUUGUGUGAGGCAGGACAAAGGCCUAACCAUCAGUCUCCCUCAUUCCAAGUGUGGGGGGAUGCCCAGGCCCAGCAGCUACCAGGACUGCAGUCCAGAGCCCUGUCCUGCCAGGUGGCGGCACAAGCUGGCAUCCUGUAGUGUAAGCUGUGGAGGAGGGGUGGUUCAAAGGAUCCUCUACUGUGCCAGGGCUUUUGGGGAGAAUGAAGAAGAGAUUGUGCCUGACAUCCAGUGCCAGGAGCUACCUCGCCCAGAGGAACAGGAGCCCUGCAGCCUUGACCCCUGUCCACCCAGGUGGAAAAUAGCGUCAACCAGCUCAUGCUCAGCUAGCUGUGGUCUGGGCACAGCCAUGCGCUCAAUGAUCUGUGUGCAGCUAGAUCAUGGAGAGGAGGCAGAGGUGGAAGAGGAAGCCUGUGCCACCUUGGAGAGGCCCCCAGCUAGCAUCCCUUGCAUUAUAGCAGACUGUACCUACCAAUGGCAUUUUAGUGACUGGACAGAGUGUUCCACCUCAUGUGGGAAUGGAAUCCAGCGCCGCCAUGAUUUCUGUGUCCAGCCCCACCAGUCCCAUACACCAGUACCUGCCAUCUUCUGUCAGCACAUUCCCAAGUCUGUGACUGUGAGGGGCUGCUCAGCUGGACCCUGUGGGAGGCAGGUGACCCCCAAAAUGAAGACUCAGGAGGAAGCCACAACAACCCUAAGCCCAACAACAGCUGCUCCUACUCUUAUACUUGAGAGUCCCCAGAACAGAGCCCUGGCUAUUCCCAACAACCAAUUUUCUUCAUCUAUUCAAGCCAAGGAACACUUGAGGCAGGAGGAGAACACUGGUUCUUGUGGAAAGCAAUAUCUUGAACCUUCAGGGACCAUCAACAUGACUGGCAUGCCAUUGGCCAAGUGUGUAGUAGCUAUUGGUCGACCUCUGGGGGAAGUGGUGGCCUUCCGAGUCCUGGAGAGCUCCCUCAACUGCAGUGUUGGGGAGAUGCUGCUGUUUUGGGGACGGCUCACCUGGAGGAAAACCUGCAAGAAUUUAGCAGGUGUGACGUUCAUCUCCAAAACCAACACUCUGGUGAUGAGACAGCGCGCGGUGCUCCCAGGGAGCAGGGUGGUGCUACAAUACUGGAGUCAAGUAGCUACAGAAAAUUAUCACAAAGAAUGUGAUGUACAACUCUUUGGUCCUCGAGGGGAAAUAGUGAGUCCUCCACGGGACCAGAAUAUGAGGAACCAAGGAGGAUGCCGAGUCUUCAUUAAUGUGGCUCCAGGAGCCCGGAUAGCCAUCCAUGCUCUGGCCAUUGAUCUUGGGACAGAAGCUAAUCAGACUUCUGACAGCUACAUCUCGAUCCGUGACAUGCACAACAUGAAGAUGAUAACAUUCCAUGGACAACAGUUAUUUUACUGGGAGUCUGAGGGUAGCCGGGCUGAAAUUGAGUUCAGUGAAAGCUUCCAAGAGGACAACAUUAAUUUUCGGGGUCAAUACUGGAUCCUUAGAGUGAAGGGAAAAUCUUCAUCUAGAGAUGACCUAAAAUGAGACAGGCUGACCCCUUUAGGCCUUUGAGAGCUUAUUCUUAACUUUGCUCUUGACUUUUCUGCCAAUCAUAUCUCAUGUCUGAACCUCAGUUUUUUUAGGGAUAAUAAUCCAUUUCCUGAAAAAGACUAAGGAAUUAAAUAUGAGGAGGGCUUCUGAGAUUCUGGACCUGAAGAAGCUAGUCAACAUUUAAACUUAUUUCUCUCUUUGCCAAUACCAGUUAUCACUCAUAUCUCUUUCCCCAGCUGGAUCACAUGCCUAGAGGAAAAGACUGAAAUGUCUGGAGAAGUUGCUUUUUAAGAAGAUAAUAGUUGAUCCUUUUACAGAUGGUUUAGGGAUGGAAGAAUCCAAGUUUUCUGCCCUUGGGUAGAUGGGGCUCACUUUUCCUGAGGGAAGUAGACUAAAAACCAAGAUAACUUGUGUUCUAUUUCUGAUUCUACCACUCAGUUAUUGUGUGUCCUUUGUUGUCUCUGAGUCUCAAAUUUCCAUUUUGUAAAAUGAGGGAGUCCAACUAGAUAAUCUCUGAAAUCCCAUUUUAACUGACAUUCUAGGGUUGUACUUUAGACUCUUUCUCGUAGUCUUGAGGAAGAUGAGUCAGGGAGAUAUCUGAAUAAUUAAGAGACUUUGCACAGAUACAAGGUACCACCUAACUCCACCUACAUCAAUAAAUAUGCAAAACAGCUUCA